CACAUCCCACUGACUGAUGAGUAAAUGGAAAUAUUGAGAGAGGUCAUGGAGAAGUGACACCUAGUCAAAGACAAGUAGCAAAGAACAUCUCUCCCUAACUAAUUUUUUUGCUUACAUAUAUAUGUAUAUAUGUCGAGAGAGAGAGAGAGAAAGAUGAAGAUUAUGUAUCUCUAUAUUUCCGGGAUAGAUCUGUUGGUGUGUGGUGUUGUGAAGAAAGAAUACAAGUGAAGGUAUAAUGGGCGGCCAUUGAUUUGGUGUUAUGCAAAGCCACAGACUUGUGAGAGUAAUUCGGUUCAGAGACUCUCCCCCACCACUCUUUCUCAAACCCCUCUCACUGAAAAGAUGUUUUGUUUCUUAAUUGUAAGAGAAGCUGACUCAACUUUGUGAAAGAGGUGUAGGCAAUCUGUACGUUCAUGCCAUAGUAAAUUCUGCUGUUUACACUUGAUCAAAUUUUCCAUCUGCGAUCAAGAUGUCAGAACCUGUUGAACGUUCAGCCAUGCCAAGUAUGGAGAAAAUUGAUGUGGAAAACUCAGAGGAUGAGAGGAAAACUAGGCUGGGCUCUCUCAAGAAGGUGGCUAUCAGCGCCUCCAAUAAAUUCAGGAAUUCUUUGACUAGAAAGAGCAGGCGAAACAGCAGAGUUAUGUCCAUAGUGCUUGAGGACGAGCAUGAUGCUGAGGAAUUGCAGUCCGUCGAUGCAUUCCGCCAGGCACUUAUCCUGGAGGAAUUACUCCCUGCAAAACACGACGAUUAUCAUAUGCUGCUAAGGUUUUUGAAGGCCAGGAAGUUUGAUAUUGAGAAAACAAAGCAAAUGUGGGCUGAUAUGCUUCAAUGGAGGAAGGACUAUGGUUCUGACACUAUUAUGGAGGAUUUUGAAUUCAAGGAGAAAGAGGAGGUUGUCAAAUACUAUCCACACGGGCAUCAUGGUGUUGACAAAGAGGGCAGACCUAUUUACAUCGAAAGGCUUGGUAUGGUCGAUCCGACGAAGCUCUUGCAAGUCACGACAAUGGAACGCUAUCUCAAAUACCAUGUUAAGGAGUUCGAGCGGACCUUUGUUGACAAGUUCCCAGCCUGCUCAAUUGCCGCCAAACGGCACAUUGAUCAGAGCACAACCAUUUUGGAUGUCCAAGGAGUGGGACUGAAAAAUUUCAACAAGGCAGCUCGAGAACUCAUUCAGAGCCUUCAGAAGAUUGAUGGUGAUAAUUACCCUGAGACCCUAUGCCAAAUGUUUAUUAUCAAUGCAGGAUCUGGUUUUAGGCUCUUGUGGAACACUGUCAAGUCAUUCCUUGACCCAAAGACCACUGCCAAGAUCCAUGUUUUGAGUAACAAAUAUCAGAGCAAGCUGCUUGAGGUCAUCGAUGAAAGUGAGCUACCAGAGUUCUUGGGUGGUACAUGCACCUGUGCAGAUAAGGGUGGUUGUAUGGUUUCUGAUAAGGGCCCUUGGAACGAUGAAGAGAUUAUGAAGUUGGUCCGCAUGGGUGCACACAAAUGUUCAAAAAAAGCCUCUUCUUCAUCUGUGGAUGAGAAAACGAUUUCAGAGGAUGAGAGUUCUAUUUCAAAGAGUGUGAAGAAAACCAGCUCCUUCAAUUUGAUGAGCAAUUCUCCAGGUGGGGACCCUGUUGCAAUUCCUCAACUCACUCCUGUUCAGGAAGAAGCAACCAGAAAUCCUCCUGAUGCAGGUGAGCCUCAGGAAUAUGUCCCUGUCAUUGACAAGGCCAUUACUGCUCCUCGGGCACAAAUAGCAGUAAAGAUCGACAAUUUGGCUCUUGCUAAAAUGACAGAUUAUGGUAAGGCUCCUGAAGGACUAAGCAACCAUAUCUUUACUGGAGUUCUGACCUUUGUCAUGGGCGUUGUUACAAUGGUUCGGAUGACAAGAAACAUGCCCAGGAAGCUUACAGAUGCUAACCUCUAUUCAAAUUCUGUGCACAGUCCUGACGACAUGAUCAAAAGUCGGGCACAUACCUACGAUUCACCAGAAGCCGGCAUCUCCAGAGCCGAUUACUUGAUCAUGAUGAAACGCAUGAAUGAACUGGAGGAGAAGCUCAGUAGUCUCUGCAACAAGCCAGCAGAUAUGCCACCUGAAAAUGAGGAGAUGCUGCAGAGUGCCCUGAACCGUGUCGAUAAAUUGGAGCAAGAGCUUUCAGAAACCAAAAAGGCUCUUGAGCAAUCCCUUUCUCAGCAAGAGGAGCUCCUUUCCUACAUUGACAAAAAGAAGAAGAAGAAGAAGUUCUUUGCUUUCUAGGUGCAGAAACGAUAAUGAUUGUGAGAUAAUAGUGUUCUAAUUCUUUAGAAAUAGCGUUUUGUUUACAGCCCCAACAAACACCACCCCCUUAUUCUCCAAGCAGAUGCUUAGCUCUGCUCUACUGAGUUUUGUUUUUAAGGAACAUUUUAAGUUACACCGCAUGCGGUUUGUAUUAGUGUUAGUAUUGUUUGUGUUGUUUGGAAAUUUUAGCAUCCUGUGCCAUGGAGAUCCUUGGUCAGGAAAAGGUAUUUUGGCUGUUCUUUCAACGCUAAUAAUUGCUCUUGCUGCUGUUCCCAUGCAAUAAAUGGAUUUUUUUUUAUAGAGAAAAAGAAUUCAGAAUUAAAUGCUUUCAAUAGUAGUGCUGUGUGCAUGCUAAGUUGUGAUUUUAGCAUCCUUCACUCCAAACACACGUUAACAGGUCUGAUAUUUUUGCCUGUACUUUUGCUUUGUUAUAGUGAUUAUGUGGGCUAAAGCAUCAAUCUUAAACAAAUCAUAAUAAAACCACAAUGGUUGAAGUUUCCAAAUCAUGUAUGUAUAGUUCACAAGACAAGGUAUCAAACAUCAUCGAAAGGAGAGGAUCUCUCUCAAACAAACAAAUCUUAAAUCACACCAGUAGAGUUUCCAGAUCAUAUAUGCAACAUUCAGUAUAGUUCCACACCAUAAGGUAUGCUUGAUCGACGAAAUUUUACAUCUUCGAUCACAACUCAAGACUAUGAAGGUCCGGUGAGCCUCAUACAGCACAACAUAUCUCAACCG